UGGACGAGGUGGGGGGGGGGGGGUGUCCAGCAGUGGAUUGUCAGGCGUGGGGGGGGGGUCUCACCGCGUCCCACUGGGGUUCUCCCAGGGCCUGCUGACCUGACCAUAAUCCCUUCUUCUGGAGUCGGGGUGCCGUCUGUCUGGGCUCGGCCACCUCGACCCUGCCCCUCUGCUCUGGCUUUUGUGUGUACGUGACGGUGGUGUGUACGUGUGCUUAACGUCUGGGAUACCUCAGGUCCUUUGUUGGGAAACGGGCUGCGCGCCCGCAUGGCCUGAAGCGCUUGGCUGGAAGGCGAGGCAGGUAGGGCCCAAGGCUCUCCGUGCUCCCAGGUCGGAGACCAACGCGCGCCUGCCCUUGUGCCUUUGCAACCCACGGCGUGGUGGAACCAUUGCGUAGACUCAGUGUUGACGUGAGACGCUGUGGACGUAAGGGAUCUGUGUGUCUACAGCUCGAGAAAGCGGUUAUUGCAUACUGAUGGAACCGUAAGCAUACCGAACGUUGCAUCCCCCCGUGUCGUAUCCGUCAAGUGAAGUUUACUGUUCCUACCUUUUAAGUGGUGAUUGUGAAGGUUAGAUGGAAAUGUGAUACGGGACAGUUGAGACAGCGCCAGGCACUAAGUAAGGGCUGGAUCAGUAGUAGCCAUUAUUAAUAGUAGGUAUCCCCCUUCCCACUUGUACAUAAAAAGAAACAGAAACCCAGGGAGGAAAAGUUACUUGCUCUGGGUCACCGAGCCAGCUGGUACAUAGUAGAAAUGAGAACCCGGGUGCCUUCACUCCCGGUGGGCCGCUUGCCAUCAUGGCCUGCACUUGUGUGUCCUAAAGGCAUGUUGGUAACGGUAUCUUCACUUGUCUGUGAUGAGCUAUGUUCCUGGGUGUCUGUCUCUGCAGGGCCCUGGGGUAAAGGUUACAUUGAGACUCCCCUGUGAAUAGGGCUUCCUGAAGCCUGAGUGACGGCUGAACUUCUUGGCUUUAGUCUUCGCUCAAAAUAGACUGCUUCAGACUCCCUGAUUACUGUGACGAGGGGGGUCUCAGAGCAUGAAAAAGAAGAAUUCAGUCCAGAAUCUCUUGCGGGAGUUCCUGGGAGAAUGUUGGUAAAUCCCCAGGAGGACGCAUGGAGGAUUUGGGUGAGGUCGCUCUACGGAGAUGGUGGUGUGGAGGCUGUGGUUCUGGAGCAGCAGAUCCGCAAACCCCAGAACAGAGCAGCCUUGUAAAAUGUGUGUGGGCAGGUCUGACCCGCGUCAUCAACUUCCCUCCCCAUUUGUAACAAGUGAUUUAUGGAAAGCGUCGGGUCCAUGUUCUGCCAUCUUGGGACUCUGCCCUUUUCUAAAAGAGGUCUCUUGAGGAGAAUAUGGCUGCUGUUGGGGCAGCAACGUCUCAGAACCACUUGCCGGUGUUUCAAGACUUUGUGUCAUUCAAGGAUGUGGCUGUGAACUUCACUGAGGAAGAAUGGAGAGAACUAGACCCUGUGCAGAGAGUCUUGUACAGGGAUGUAAUGCUGGAGAACUACAGGAACCUGGUCUCCUUGGGUAAGGUUGGGUCCUCACCUCAGGUAGGCCUUUUGGGAUGCCCUUGCUUUCUAAAGAUUCCCUUGCUCCUGUUAGGGGAAGAUCACAAAGGAGGCUUUGGUUAACUUUUCCCUCCAGUUGCCAGAGCAGAUCCUUAAACUGUUUCUCACCCCACUUUGGUUGAAAAUAUUUAAUUGCUUUUGGCAAUUAGUUAUUUUGUUUUCUGCCCUUAAAAAUGCAAGAGUAGGGUUGAAAACGGGGUGGUCCUCGGUCUUUGAAACCGAUCAUCACAUUCCGUUUCUUUUCCUUGAGUAGGAUUUCCAUUUUCUAAACCUGGUAUCAUCUCCCAGUUGGAACAAGCAGUAAAUCCAUGGAUGCAGGAGGGAGAGGUACUGAGAAGCAGCUGCACACAUUUGGACACCAGAAAAUUAAGCCCAAAGAAUGUAUUUUCUGAAGAAGAAUCAUACCAGGGGAUAAGUAUGGAGAAAAACACAGAGGCUGAUGUAAGUUUGAAAGAAGCCUGGGGAUAUACAGAGUUCAAAGAGGAUGCUCAAGAUAGACUCUGGAAAGAAGCAACGGUUAUCUUCAAGAAAAGAAAUUCUGUAGCUGAGAGUAACCCCAAAUGUAUUGAAUCUGGCAGACAUGUUAGUCCAAAGUCAGACUUUGUUACACAAUCAAGACAUCCUAAAGAAGACCAUAUAUAUGUGAUGCUCAGGGAAAGAUCUUUAAACAGAAUUCAGAAUUAGCAAGACAUCAGAAAGAUAGCACAAAUGAGAAAGCUCUUCAGUGUAAUGAAUGUAGUAAACUACUCAGUGAUCACUCAGUAUAUGUGCAACAUUGUAUAGCUCAUAGUGGAGAAAAAAAUUUGGAAUGUAAUCAGUAUGGGAAGACCUUUGGCCAUGGCAUACACCACACUGAACAUGAGAAAACCAAUAUUGGAGAGAAGUCUUAUGAAGAUAGGAAAGGCUAUAUCUGGGACUCGUACCUUACCAAACAUCGUCAGAGUGUUCAUGGUGGGAAGGAAUAUAACGCGCAUGAAAGAGCCUUAAUUCAGAAUGCACCUUUUAUUCAGCAUCAGAGAACCCAAUACAGAGAGAAACCUUAUGAAUGUAGUGAAUGUAGAAAAGCUUUUGGUAAUUAUUCAGCCCUUACAGUACAUCAGAGAAUUCAUACCGGAGAGAAACCAUAUGAAUGCAAUGAAUGUGGGAGAGCCUUUAAUCAUAGUGCCUCUCUUAUUCAACAUCAGAGAAUCCAUACUGGAGAGAAGCCCCAUGAAUGUAAUGAAUGUGGGAAGGCUUUUAUUAAGAUAAUGCACUUUAUUCAACAUCAGCGAAUUCAUACUGGAGAGAAACCUUUUGAAUGUAACGAAUGUGGUAAAGCCUUCAGUCACAAUUCAUCCCGUAUUGAACAGCAGUUUAUUCAUACUGGAGAGAAGCCCUAUGAAUGCAGUAAAUGUGGGAAAACCUUUAGCCACAACUCGUCCCUUAUCGUCCAUCAGUUUAUUCACACUGGAGAGAAACCCUAUGAAUGUAGUGAAUGUGGCAAGGUCUUUAGUCAGAGCUCACACCUCUAUCAACAUCAGAGAACUCACACUGGAGAGAAACCUUACACCUGUAAUGUCUGUGGGAAAGCCUUUAGUGAUCGAUCGGCCCUUAUUCGCCAUCAGAGAACUCAUACUGGAGAAAAACCCUACACGUGUAGGGAAUGUGGUAAAGCUUUCAGUCAGAGCUCAACUCUCAUAAAACAUACAAAAAUCCACACAGGAGAGAAACCUUACACCUGUAAAGAUUGUGGGAAAGCAUUCAGCCAGAGUUCGUCUCUUACUCAGCAUCAGAAGAUUCAUACUGGAGAGAAACCGUUUGAUUGUCCUGAGUGUGGGAAAGCCUUCAGCAGAAGUGCCCAUCUUACUCAACAUCAGAGGAUUCACACUGGAGAGAAACCCUGUGAGUGUAAUGAAUGUGGGAGAGCUUUCAGGUGUAGUUCAGCCCUCAUUAGGCAUCAAAGACUUCAUAGUGGAGAGUCACUCUGAACGUGUCAUCCAGACUCUUCACUUUGUUAAAUACCAAAGAAUCAUACUCUCAUGGGUUAUUAUAAUUGUGAUCCUUUUUUUUUUUCUCCAAAUGCUGAAAGUGCUCCCAUUUCCUCCUGCAAAGAAUUAGCUGCCGGAAUACCACAGAUCCACAGGAAGAAACGCUGAUCUGAAACCUGGAGUAGCCCAAGAGACUCCAACCGUCAGACUUUCUGUGUGUGCGUGUAUGUGUGUAUUUUCAUCUGUACCUGAAAAUGACUGAUGUCACCAGGAAGUGAUUUUUUUUCCCCCUGGCCCCAGGGAUAGGCUGUUCCAACACGCAAAGGAGUUCUAGUUCAGAAUUGAGCCCAUUGCUCCUCCUUGUACUGACCGGAAUACUGCCGUGUCCAAGUUCAGUCGACUCAUGGUGGAUCGUAUAUUCAGCGACCUUUCUAUGAAUCUUUGCCUUACUAUACAAUUAUUCCUACCCCUAGCAACACUGUCCUCACGAAAAGGGCUCCUUUGAACUCUCCCUUCUCACUGACUUUCCUAUCCUUCUACUUAAAGUGCUUAUAUAGUGUUAGCUACAGCUUCAAGUUCAACAGGGCUUGAGUUUCAGAGCUGAAAAGCACAACUGAAGAUAGAGAAAAAAAAAGGAUUUUUUUCUUCCGAAAAUUGUAAGACAAAAUACUCUGAUGGAAUGGUGACAUCUGGAAAUAAUCAUUGAAAUACAUGAAUUUUUUAGUACCUUUCAGAAAUUCCAGGUGAGGGAAAAGAGUCCUCCAUAACAGUAUCUGUUACUAGAAACCGAGCCCUUAAAAUAAUGUUCAAUAACCCCUUAGGUAGCAAGGUCCUUUCAAAAGCUUUUCUUUGGAGCCAGUGGUUUGGAUUGUGGAGAAACAUUUGCCCUACCGCCAGAGGCCUCAUCAUAGAUAAUCUGGUUUAGAACAAGUUUAUAUUGUUAAAACAAAUUUAUGUGGUUAAAACUACUCAUGGUUGACUUACUUGUGUUGAAUAAAGGGAAAAUGAAUAUACAUGUUAUAUCUCAAAACUCCUCCAAGAAGCUUGGAUAGAUUUCACUAUUGUGAUGAGCUCAUUGUAUGUUGACUCCAGGUUUGAUUUGAGGAUCGCGGGACCAGAUCUUUGUUGAUUAAAGCAGGGCUUUCUGCCUUUUCUGAGGAGGCAUUACUGUUUUUUAGGGUUGUUGUUUUUUUUAA